AUGAAGGAGAUUACUGUGUUUUUAGUUUCGAUUCUGGGCUUACAGAUUCAGGGGUACCUAAUCAAGGUCCCAACUUCUACCACAAAUGCUGUGACUGCAACCGGAGGAUGGGUCCAUAUACAAAAGCUUCUACUGCCAUUAUUCGAAAAUGUUUGCGAGGAAAGCAAAGAUCCUGUUGUCGUGCGAUUGAAUGAAGAAUUUAAACUUGAUCCUACAAAUGGCGUAUAUCUAAAUCCAGAGGUUGUGGGAAAUUUUCAAAACCUUAAAGCUACCAAAGGUUUAUUGGCAAAGGGAGAAAUGUUUACUGAAUAUAACCCUGAUCAUUUGAAUGAACUUAAAGUAAUUUAUGAAUUAUUUUACUACGCGAGAGACUUCGAUACGUUUUAUAGGGCAGCUUGCUGGGCUCGCCAAAAUGUUAACUGCGGAUUAUUCAUCGACGCUAUAUACUUAGCGUAUUUAAAUAGACGCGAUACCGAAAAAGUAUCAAUACCAGCGCCCUAUGAGAUAUUACCCAAUUAUUUCAUAAGAAAAGAUUUCAUAGUUAAAGCAUCAUCAUUGAUAAGAGGUGAUACCGUUUCGUUAUCAGAUUCCGUACGAAACGAAGGAAACUCAUAUAUUCUUGACGUUAAUUAUACAACAAGCAUGUAUGAUGACACCGAUGACAAACUGGCCUAUUUCCAUGAAGACAUUGGUCUCAAUUCAUAUUACUUUUUAACAAAACUUAAUAAUUUACCAUGGCUUAAUGACUCACAAAGGAAAAGUUAUGGUCAAGAGUUGUACCAUAUAAUGAAACAAAUGAUGGCCAGAUAUAAUUUGGAAAGGUAUUCGAAUGGGUUACCAGAAUUAGAGGGUAUUGAUUGGGAUGUUAUUGAUAAAUCACCUUAUGAUCCAAUGCUUAUUUACUCUAAUGGUAAUGAAUUCAGCGGAAGCAUGCCAGGAAGUAUCGAUGCCAGUGAAAUCUUAACAACAUUGAAAAAUAUAGAAGGUAAUCUCCAAGCCGUUGUUUUGCAUAUGAGAGAUGGUGGAUAUAAUAAAUCUGUUAUUAUGAAUCAUUUGAUGGAAAUACUAGUAACAAGUGAGAGGAGUUACAUGAAUCUAGCUCUACAAUUCAUCAGUAAGGAUGAAAUUGAAUCAAGAUAUCCAUCGGUAUUAGAACAUUAUAUGACAUCCGUACGAGAUCCGUUAUUUUGGAAAUUAAAUAAAAAAAUUGUUGAUGUCGUAGAUAAUGCUCUACAGGUAUUGCCAAGUUACUCAAGAAAUGAACUUUACUUCCCUGGUGUUGAGAUACAAAACAUUGAAGUAAAAAAGAUGAUGACAACAUUUGAUAAUUUCCAAUUUGACGUUACCAGUGCCCUAAAAACCGAAGCAGAAGAUACUAAAUUCAACGUUAAGAUCGAGCAAUCUAGAUUGAAUCACAAACCUUUUACUUUCAAAAUAUCUGUUUUAUCACGUGUAGCUCAAAAAGCUUUAGUAAAGCUUUACAUAGGACCUAAAGUACUGCCUGGGCAAUUAGUUGAAAAUAAAAAUCUUUUCAUGUUAUUAGACAACUUUGACGUAAAUCUUAAAAUUGGCAGUAAUGUAUUGUCAAGAACUUCAAAUGAAAUGAGUACUCUUUCUGAAGACUUUUUGUCUUUAGAAACUCUGCAUAAAAUUGUUUUGGAUGCUGAGUUUGGCGUGGAUGCCUUACCUCUCAAAUCGGUUUGGUCGCAAAUAGGGUUGCCAUCUCGUUUAAUUCUUCCAAAAGGUACAAACGAGGGAUUGCCUUUACAUGUAUUUGUAUUUAUAGCACCGUACGUAAAAGCAACUAUUGGUGGUGCCAUUACUAGUGCGGAGUUAAAUUCAUGUGCAAUUCUUUCACCUGGGUAUCCCCUAGACUUGAACAUUGAAAUCCAACAGUUAUUUAAUCUUCCAAAUGCAAUGGUCAAGGAUAUAAUUGUUACACACAAAAUUGAAAGCGCGACCUAUAACAGACCGGUUAACAAUUAUAACUCUGCAUCAAAUAACAUCGUGUGGCCAACCGAUGAUCAAGUGUCUGAUGUUCCCAAUGGCCCCUUGUAUUUAAGUGCUCGACCUGAGUUUACAAAGAAGACCUUUGAUUACAAGUCGAAAACAAAUCAAUAUGGAAAGAAAACCGAUUAUGCUGCUAAGCGAGGUAAUUACAAUAAUCAGAGUAAAAAACUAGAGGAAGUGAAAAAAACGGCAGAAGAUGAUAAAACAAAUAUUCAUACUGAACCUAAAAAAAUUGAAGUUGUAAAUAAUGUCUAUAUAAAUCCUGAUACAGAGUAUGACAUAAGUAAAGAAAUUAACAAUAGUAAUAUUUUACAUAAAGUUGUGCUAGAUAAAGAUACUGAAAUUACAUUUAAAAAUUAUGAAUUGGACAAUGAUUUUAAGGACAAAACUAUUAAUAUUAAAACUCACGAAAUAAAGGGUAAGACUGAACCUGAAACUAUGGAUGUCGUCAAUAAUAUCUAUAUUAGUCAUGACUUAGAUCAUGACAAAAUGCCGGUUGUUAAUGAAGAUGAAACCAUAAAGACUAGAAGCACGAAACUUUAUGAUUCGUAA